GAGUCCAUCAGUGACGGAGUCAGUGUUUUUGAAAGAAAGAGAGAGCGAAGGAGGGAGGGAGGGAGAGAUUUCCCAGCACAGUUUGAUCUGCGUCUCUUUCUCCCUCCUGCUAUGUGAGAAGCAGCUCCAACACUUAAAACAAUCACAGAGGAUUUUAACUGGAGCACAGGAAGAGCUGACAGCAGUCGCUCAGACCUCAGAGUCCCCGGGGUUGUCUCCUGGAAUAAGUCGGCUGGAGAUGAACGUGGAAAUGAACGGUCGCGCCCUGCCACCUUCAAUACCUGAGGAUGGCGAAGCCCUGGACCACAUCCACCACAGAGAGAUGAACGGAUACCACCAGAGGCUUCAGGAUGGGGACGGGGGAGAGGCUGAAGUCCCAGUGUCCAAGUCUCAGAGGCGGAAAAGCGACGUCAAAGUCUAUAAAGAAUUUUGUGACUUUUAUGCUCGCUUCAACAUGGCCAACGCCCUGGCCAACGCCAUGUGUGAGCGCUGCAAGAGCCGCUUCGCCCCGGCGGAAAAGAUAGUGAACAGCAACGGGGAGCUUUACCACGAGCAGUGCUUCGUCUGUGCGCAGUGUUUCCAGCAGUUCCCAGAGGGGCUCUUCUAUGAGUUUGAAGGCAGGAAGUACUGCGAACAUGACUUCCAGAUGCUGUUCGCUCCCUGCUGCCAUCAGUGUGGUGAGUUCAUCAUUGGCCGCGUGAUCAAGGCGAUGAACAACAGCUGGCACCCCGAGUGUUUCUGCUGUGUCCUCUGCCAGGCUGUACUAGCAGAUGUUGGAUUUGUUAAAAAUGCUGGACGGCACUUGUGUCGUCCCUGUCACAACAAGGAGAAAGCCCGCGGACUGGGAAAAUACGUCUGUCAGAAGUGUCAUGCCAUCAUCGAAGACCAGCCGCUUCUGUUCAAGAACGAUCCCUAUCACCCGGAUCACUUCAACUGUAACAACUGCGGUAAGGAGCUGACAGCUGAUGCCAGGGAGCUGAAAGGGGAGCUCUACUGUUUACCCUGCCAUGACAAGAUGGGGGUCCCAAUCUGCGGUGCCUGCAGGAGACCCAUCGAGGGCCGUGUGGUCAACGCCAUGGGAAAACAGUGGCACGUUGAGCACCAUGUGUGUACUGUAUGUGAGCGGCCGUUUCAGGGCCACCCAUAUUACGAACGAGGCGGCCGUGCCUAUUGUGAGAGGCACUUUGACAUGCUGUUUGGAGAUGUUUGCUACCACUGCAAUCGUGUUAUCGAAGGCGAUGUUGUUUCCGCCCUCAAUAAGGCCUGGUGCGUCAACUGCUUUGCCUGCUCCACCUGCAACACCAAGCUCACCCUCAAGGAUAAAUUUGUGGAGGUGGAUCUGAAGCCCGUGUGCAAACGCUGCUUUGAAAGGCUUCCGGAUGACAUGAGGCGUCAGCUGGCCAAGCGUGAACGUGACUCUAAAGACAAGAAGAGGAAACUGUUGAUACCCAUGUGUCUCUGAUUCCUUUUUCUUUUUCCCACUUUGGAACAAGUUUGUUGAGUUCGACAUGAAGCCGGUGUGUAAGAAGUGCUACGAGAAGUUCCCCUUGGAGCUCAAGAAGAGGCUGAAGAAGCUGUCUGAAGCUGCUGCACGGAAGUGAACAGAGUCAAGCAGCAGGAGGAGAAACCCUGAGGUGGCCAGGAUUGAGUCCACACCAGAGUCCUCACUGGUAGCCCCACACUCACAGUGUGCUGGCCCUUGAUUUCAUACUUUAGCUUUGCUAUUUAAGUGCUUUUUUGCAUCAAUUUUGCAUUAUAUACUAUUUCAUAUUUUUGCUUGUUUUCACUUUUCAUUUUUAAUAUUCAUUCUAUAUUUAAUAUCCUGUAAGAGAUGUGGAAAUAUAAUGAAACGCUGUGCUGACAGCUUGUUUUCUGUGUUAUCUGAUGCCAAAAGUGACUCCUUUUAGAAUACUAAUACUAAUGGCUAUUGAAAACAAUCCAAAAAUGUAUUUUUGCCUACAUGUCCUACAGAGGUCUAAUGAUGGAGGCUUUUCUUAUGCUUGUUGUGGCACUAGCAGUUUUUACUGCAAGUGUUCAGACAAGAAAUGGCUAAGGAGAGAGAAGAAGGGAAGACAUGCCUUAAAAGAUCCCACAAGCCAAUGCCAAACACAGGAAGGCCGCUCAGGGACUGAAGGCCUCCAUAUAAGGGUCUAUCUCUCCACAACUUGAUGCCCCUCCUCAUCCCAGACUGUUAAUCAUUUCAGGUCUAAAUAAAUAUGUACUUAGUUUAACAAAGUAAAAUCCACAUUUCAUUAGAAUUUCAUGCACAAAUUAGCAAAACUGUAAAACCAGCAUAAAGAAUGAUCACAGUAUUUAUCAUCUAAUUUCAGAUAGAAUGCAAUAUAAAUAUAAGCAGGUGUCAUCUGAGAUUAAUCAGCAGCUUUUAAAUGUAUGUUCUCAAUCACAUAACUGUUGUUAUUAUAGGAUAGACUAGCAGUUGCUUAGGUUUUAAUAAAUAAAUAUUGAAAUCAUAUUUAUUUUUUUUCUACUCAAAAGUGCUUAGUAUUAAGUGUGACUAUUAGAAGUGAUGCAUGAUGAACAUUCAUUACGCCGAUGAAAAUAACAUAAAAGUAAAACAGGCAUUACAAUUUUUUUAUUCAAUCUUAUUUAGUUGAUACAUCAUUUAAAAAGAAACUUUUUUUGCAGUCUCCACAAUUAUUUGAAUGUCUACUUUUAAAAAUCAGCUCCGUUAAGCAACAAACAAGCUCUAAACAGAUUUAUAGCAGCUGUUUAAAUUCACAGCACCUGUUACCACGUGUGUGUGUGUGUGUGUGUGUGUGUGAUUGUUAGAGCCUGUGCCAUGUGCAGAAACCGGAUGUAAGAGUCUAACAUGCUCGGUGUUAAGAUUGCCUCUGUUGAUUGUAAAUCCAUUGAAAACGAUCAUCUUAAGGAGCUUACAAACUUCCUGAUUCACUUCAGCAAAGAAAGCAGCUGCCCUGUUUCACAAUAGUUAUUUUGAGUUGUAUUUUAUCUUUUAUUGUUUGUUCUUCGGAUUUCAAUUCCAUCGAAGGAAAAACACAUUCCACAAUUUACGCUUAGACAAAAGUUUCUGUUUUCCAUUUUCUGUCAAGCAGCCACAUUUCUUUUGCAGAAGCACCAAACGGACUGGUUGUUGCUGGGCAAAAUUUGAGUAGCACUAUGAAUGCUCCAGGGUUUAGUUUUAUCUGUCAUGUCACAGCAAGUGUUGAAUAUAUCCCUUUCAAAAGCUUUCCCUGUUGUACUUCACUGUAUUACUGCUUUAUUGCUGUCAGACUGUCUGAAUAAACACUAUAUACAAGCUUGAAAAA